ACUGAAGAAGAAUUGCGAGUUUGGAAGGUAGAAGAUCUUAAGAAGUAUCUGUCAGACAGAGGUGUGCCCUUGAACACUAAGAACUGCAGAAAACCACAGCUUAUUGAAAAAGUUAUUUUUGCUGAAAAGCUCGAACUUCCAACAUUGCCUUCUCAAGCUGUUCGAAAAUCUGAAAUUGACCUCAACCGGAGCAAAAUUUUAUUCGUUGAUGGCGUGCAGUUACCCUUUCCUGAGACAAUUGGCUCCCACUGGCUCGAAGGAAGUGAAUACUAUCCUGACCUUACAUUUGAUUUUAUAAAAAAUAUGCAGAAGCAAUGGAAUCCUUGAAAGCCUCCAAGGAAGGACAGAACCUUCAGACAUCUGGACAUGUAAAGUCAGUGUUUUUUAAUAGAAUUACAGAUUGUAUUAAAUAUUGCUUUAUAAAAGCAUUGGUUGUGCCUCAGACACGUAUAUCUGAUGCUCCUUAUACUGUUUGGGUUAGUCUACGGACAGAUGCCUCUUCCAUUUUGGCUAGUGAAUGUGGAUGCGUGGCUGGUUACAGUAACUCAUGCAAGCAUGUAUUUGCUUUGCUAUAUUACAUCCUUGCAGAAGUUAGACUUGGCAACAACAGGUCUUGUACUGGCAAGAAACAGCAAUGGAGUGUAAGAACAUACAAGAAGAAUGAAAAAAUCCACGAGCCUAGUCAAAUGUCUUCUGUUAAAAUUUUGCAUCAUCAUCCAGAAAAUGAUGACUGCAUUCAAACCCCAUCAAGAAGUGAAUAUGAGCCCCGUUCCAUCCAAGAUUUAAAUGUUGCCUUUACCAAAGCUGACUGGGAAGCUGUUGCAGAGGCUACUGAUGGAAAAGCAAGUGUUCUCCAAUUUGUUAAAACAACAACGAAGAGUUCCUCAAAAUCCUCUUCCCAAACUGUUCUGCCCCCUUCUACAUUGCCUGAGAUUGCUUCUAAGUGUCAAGCUGAUAGUUUUCAUGCAGCAUUGAAAUUACACCGGUCUGCUGCUGAAUUGAAAAGAAUAAAUGCAAUAACUGCUGAUCAAGCAUCCUCAGAAAAAUGGUUCCAGUAUCGUCAUGGUGUAAUAACAGCAUCUUCUGCACAUGAAGUUUUGGUAAAAGUUGAUGACAACCAUCAAAUUUUAAAUUUAUCAUCAUCCCAAAAUCUAUGUGCAAAAAUUUGCAUGUAUAAUCCUUCUGUUCAUAGUGCAUCAUUAAACUGGGGGAAGAAUAAUGAAAAGUUUGCCUUCAAAAGGUACACCAGAAAGAACAGAACAAAGCACAAACACUUUUCAAGUAAAACUACUGGUUUGUUCAUUUCUGAACAGUUGCCUUUUCUGGGAGCCAGCCCUGAUGGAGUUAUAAGCUGCAAAUGCUGUGGAUUCGGUGUUUUAGAAAUAAAAUGCCCAUGGAAGAGCCGUGAUUUAAAUAUUGCAGACUAUCUCAUGCAGCCAGAGUCAUGCUUGUCAAAGAAUGCUGAUGAAAUAUUUUUGAAGCCUGCACAUAAAUACUACACACAAGUUCAACAUCAGAUGUUUGUCACUGGCGCAGAAUAUUGUGAUUUUGAAGUUUUUUUGCCCAAAGAGUCAUUGACUGUAAGAAUUCCAAGAAAUCCACAGUAUGAAAUAAAACAGGUUCCAAAACUUGUCCAUUUUUUUAAAAGCAUUGUGCUACCUGAGCUAUUUUCAGGGACAAUAGAAAAUGUUGUUGCAUGCAGAAAUGUAAUGAAAGGACUUUUGCGAAAGGUUGAAGAUAGACUGGAUAGUGAAGAAGCACAAAAGGAACUUCAAAAGUUAGACUCAAGAUUAUUACUAAUAUAACUAAACAUAUGCUUUAAGUUGUAGUUCUUUUCAGUUUUAUUGGAGAUAGGAGACUCGUUACUAUUAGAAUAUAUGAUUAUUAUUAUCUUAUGCUUGCUGUAGUCACGUGUUACGUUAUGUUGAAGCUUAUUGGACAAUGGACUCUUAGAUAACUCGCUUACCACGCUAUUUUACUCUCGAAUAUGUUAGCCGUUGUAUUAGGGCUGAUUUUGUUCUAUUAACGUUAUAUAUUCAUGUUUGUUCAUAUUCAUACCUGGUCACAGCUUCGGAUAAAUUUAACAGUUACAGUAAAACCCUGCAUAGAAAUAACUUCAAAAUAAGCAAUUAAGAACUACUUUAAACUUGAGGCUAGUCACGAGGCUGUCCUUUUACAAGUGGUGGCUGCAAAUUGGUAAUAGCAGCUGCAAUUAACCAGACCUCAUCAAUUAUAUCUAACAAGGUUAGAGGUAAAGUAUGAUCCAGUAGUCUAAAUUCCUUCAGUCUUCCCAUAACACGCUCAAUGUGAAUUCUUGCUCUUGCAAUUCGUUUACAUUCAGAUAUUUCUGAGGGUGUAAACUGUCUUUUGCUUCGAACGAAGGGUGGCACUUUAACUUUAACUUGCCUGGGAAGAAAUAUAUCCUGAACUGUGAAACCCUUGUCAAACAUAGCAAUAAACCCAGGAUGAAAUUUCUGCACAACAUUGGAGUCUUCUGUGAUAAAACGAUCUGAAGCAGAGCCAGAAUAGGACCUUGACACAAAACUAAUUGAUCCUCCUUUUGUACAGAAUAUUAAUUUCUUUUGGGUAUUUCUGCUCUUAUAUGUGCUGUAUGUUUGGUACUGAGCCUUGGAAUUUGCAGACUUUUGAAUAAUUUGUUCAGUGCAAUCACCAAUGCCUUCAACCUUGUUAAAGUCCCCAGAAAAGUGGGGGUGGUUGAAUGCUAGAGUUUCUUCUGGUGUUGGCCAAUAAAUGAGUGGCUCCAGCUCUCGUGCCAACAACACAAAAAAGGUUGUACAUAUUUUUGAUGCAUGGCUAGCAGAAAUUUUAAAUCGAAAAGCAAGGUCUUCAAUUGGAGGGUCCAGAUGAAUGCGCAUCAGGGUUAAAAGAAUUUCAUCUUCCAGUUUGAUUUGGAGGGAUGGUCCAGUCUUUUUUCUUGACAAAGGCUUUGAUGGGCUGUGCUGGUAGUUUUUAACCUGGAAUGAAUUCUUGCCUUUAAAAUAAGAGAUCUUGCCAUGCUUUGAUCUGACACGAUCCACAAUGAACAAAAAAACUUUGGCAGUGGGGCAACCUGUAUAUAAUUUUAUGAUGGGGUAUCAAGCCACUUUGAGGGAUAUCAACAGAUUCAUGAACAGGAUGGUUAUCAGCAUUUUCUUCAGCAAUGACUUCUGACACGUGAAAAUUAUCAAUUUAUACAGCUUCACUGAUGUUAACAGGUGUUGCUUCACUGUGUGUCGGCUUGAAAAGAUCUGAACGAUCCAGUCGCCUUCUUUUUGGUUGACUAGGCCCAUCAUACCCCUUCAAAAAUAAUGUGGGGUGCGGACAGGAAUCUGUUGGCUUUCCGUAUUGAAAGUGGUUGGAACAUACCUUUGUUGAUUUCCCAACUUUCAAAAGAGUUUUUUUGCCAGAUGUUUUGUCGAUAACCUCCCUGUUGAUGAGCUUUGACCACGUACGGAAGAAUUUCUCUUUGCAUGACCAAAAACGAAUGUGCUUGCAUCCAUCAAAUGCUGAAAUGUGUUCUUUAAUUACAUACUUGUCAGGAUAUCUGCGAUCAUUAUCACAGCCCCAAACAGCACAAUGAUCAGAUUUACCCAUAACGUCGAAGUAAAAUAAGGAAAGCGAGCAAAAUUUGAGUAAACUUUAACAAAUCCUGAAGCGAAGCACUUAUUUACCUGCGGAGCAAGAAAACUGCAGUGCAGAUUGUUUGCCCCCUGGCAAUCCCACAAUGCAUUGCGCGGAAAGAUGAUGGCCGCAACAGGAAAAAGGUCUAUUCCGCCGUAUACCGAAUUUCCCCGUAUAACAUCGAUAUUCGUAAUCAGCGUAUCAAAAUUGACCAAAUGGAGUAGGUCUUGCAAAUUCCCUCGAUGGGUGACGAUACCCCCCUUUCCUCGCCUGGUCUUUAAGGUCCUUAAUAGAAGAGGGGGUCUUGGUAGUUGGGGGGGGGGGGUCAGAAAUUUUUCAAAAAAUAAAUAAAAGGGGGGGGGGGUCCGAAAUGUGAAAAAUCUGAAUAAACGUGUGAUGAUUCUUUUUUGGGGUCGAAGGAGAUUUUCUUCUGAAUACAAUCAAUAGCAAAAUGACAAUUAUCACCAUGUAAUAAUGUAUUGUUGUAUUACUAAAAUGAGCAGACUAUUUAUCAUUGUGUACAUCAGUCAGACCUUUUAAAUUUUUUUUAGGAUGUCAUCACUUUUCUAUGUUAAAACUUUUGUACAAUGCAACCUCUUCAUUUAAGAGAAACUUUAAAGAAAUUUCACACCUGCAAGAUCAAAGGACAAAUGAAAUAAGGGAUAUGAAUGACUGCAUAUAAAAAUUAAUAAACAGGGGGGUCCAAAUAAGCUCCGGGGGGGGGGGGGUUCAGAAAAAAAUCAAAAAAUUAAUAAGCGUCCCCCUCUUCUAUUAAGGACCUUAGAGUACGUGACCUUGUAGAAGCAGUGAGGCAAGAUGAUGUUGAUAUCCUGUUCGGGUCAGCAGAGAAAUUGCUGUCAGCAGAAGUGAGAAGGGAACUUUUAGAAGGGUGUUUUGGUCAGAGAAUAUCAGAAAUUUGUGUAGAUGAAGCAGAUACAGUUAUUGAGUGGUAAGCACAUAAGGUAGUUAAAUGAUUGAUAAAAGAAAAAGUAGAUACUUAUAAAAUAUUUAGAACCUAUAACUGUCAUACCUCUGCCAUUUGCUAUUUUGGGUUCAAGUCAUCUUUCAUUUUUUUAAUUUUAAACCACAUAUUUGCAGCACACCAGGAACAGUUGAGCCUAGGAAAACCUAAACACAAACAAUUUAUAAUGUGUAUGACACAAAAAAUUUAUACUCGUUGACACAAAAAUCUAUGCGUAUUAUUAUCUUUACUUGCUGUUAGAAACCUUCAAAAGAAACCCCAAUGUAGAACCUCUAGUACCACAAGGUUUUACUAUUGCUCUACUUUAUUUUAUUUUAAUGGUUUGAACUAUAGUAAUACUUAUUAGUUAAACUUCCUUACUUGGUACCAAACUAAAAUAUUUUUAUUUACUCAUAUUUUGACCCAACCCAAAUAAAUAUUACCAUAUUUAAUUUACAGGUGUUCAGUUCAGUUUUCACUUUUUAAAUUCCACUACAUACAAUUUAUCAAUAACAAGACAAGCAUACAUCUAAAAUACAAGAAAUUAAUACAAUAUACCAAUACAAAACAUAGACACAAGAUAGAUUGUAUGGAGGGAAUUACUUACAGGAGGAGCUCUCUCAGUAGUUAGAUUAAUCGAGGAGAGACCACCCCCUAUUAUAAAAGUAUCUCAUAUAAAAUUGAUUUCUUUAAUUGACAUUAUGAUGUUGACAAAACUAUUUGAUGGGAAUAUGGUGACAUUUUUGAUAUCCACUUUUCCAAAAUUUAGUGAUUAGUUUCAAAUAGGAAAGCUUUGAUUUUUUGACGAAAACUAUAAACAGAUGGAGAUUGUUUUAUUUCCACAGGAGUGUCAUUCCAGUAUUUAGCUCCACAAUAACGCACUGACCUAAGACUCAACUAACUAAAAGAAAGAGUGAAAACAAGAAGGAGAGAUUUUAUUUACACAUUCAUAUACAAAACUAAGCAAUUUCAGGUGAAAGAGAUCUUGUAGUUUUAGAAUCUUCAGGUCUGAAAAGAUGGGUGUAGAAGGUGCAGUAAAGUGUUUUAAUGAAAUUGCCCUUAUGGCCCUUUUCUGUAACAACAACACCGGAUUGAUAUGUGUCUCAUAAGUAAGACCCCAAACUAAAAUACCAUAUUGGAGGAAAGUUGAAAACAAAGAGUUGUAAAGACAGACCAAAACAUGAAUGGGUAAGAAGUGUCUCACUUUGAAAAACAUACCACACGUUAUGGCCAAUUUUUUAGACAGUUCAGUCAAGAGAGACGUCCAUGAAAGGCUUUCAUCUAAGAGAACACCAAGAAAUUUGACAUAACAACUCUGCUUGAUAGGAAGCUUUCCAAUUUUGAUAUUUACAGAUUCAGGAAUUCAGGAGAAGUAUGCUGAGGAGACUUAAAGGGGAACUGAAGUGAAAAAUUAAAAUCAUUUAAUUAGUAGUUUUCAUCAUGCUGAUUUCGAAUAUCGACACAAAAUUAGUGUUUUUCUUUUCGUUUUCCUGCAUUUAACGCGCAAAGUGUGAAAUUUCUCCAUUUCUGUGGCGGAGAGGUCUGGAGACAAGUUUCAGGCGCUGACGUAAAGUCCUGGACAGGUGCCCCGAACCUAACAAAAACCACAGUGUAGUAGAGUGAAUCGGAGGGAGGGAAUUCUGUUAGUAGUUAGAAUUUCAGUUCGCAAUUUUCACGACAGCUCUUCAGGAAUGACAACAGACUUAAGAUCAAGCGAUGAUGAAGUGUUUGGAGCAUGUGGUGGUGAAGUACUUGCCCUACCAAGGGCGAACGGAAACUGCGAAAGUGGCGGUGAAGAUUAGCCUAGGACCGAUAUGAGAUCCCAGAGGAUGAGGAUGAAUUAUCUCCCGCGACCUGCUCGUUUUGUGGGUAGAAAUGAGGGAGUAAGUAAAUGGUACGUCGAUCCUUGUUUCUUUUCUUGCAAUGAAGGCAAGAAAUACUCAAACUCAAUUUCCUUAUUUCCUUAUAAAAAGAAAGAUAACAGAGAAUGAGCAGGCUAUAUAAUAUAAUCUUUCCAUUUCUAAAAUCUGAAGUAAUAAGGAUUAUUACAUGUUACAAUUUAAUAAAUAUUUUCUUUGAUAUAAAAACGUUUAUACAUGGUUUGAUGUGUAGCACGGAACAGGUCGACCUAAUCCACUUUUGGUUUAAAAACUGGUUUGUUUUAUGUACAUUGACAAGUAUAUUAAAUCUUACUACAAUUCAGAUUUUUGGACUGAUAAUUCGAAAAUGUCUAAUAUUUGAUAGAAUUGCAUAAAUAUGCCUAAAAUAGAUUGAUACCUAAAAUUAUAUCCCCUUUGCUAGGUAUCCACAAACAGUGGCUGAUCAAUGGAUAGUUUGCUGGUUCUUUUGGGUAUUUGUGCUGGAAUAACUGGACAGCUUUAAGUAUGCAUUUAUCACAAAUGUAAAGAACUUUAGUCAAAGAAGACAAGGAUUUCAAAAUUCUGCAGAGAGACAAUGAGAAUCAGCUACCUACUACAUAUACAGUGGAGUACAUGACAGGGUUAUAUACAGGGGUUAUUCAAAGGGACCAGACUUUUACUUCAUAAUAACAAGAAGAGAAGUAUAGAACUAGUGGGGUCAUGUUAUAAGUUAGAAAUUUGUUGAAACUAGUGGGGCUACGGCCAAAUCACUAGAUUAGUCACAUCAAGGGGGGGGGGGGAUUGAGCAAAGCUUGAUAUUUUUAAGAUUCCUAAGGUGUAUUGUUUAAGAUAUUUCACUCACAUCAAAUAUGUAGAAUAGAUUGGAUUUGAUCAAGUAUUUCUCUUACAAUAAUGGUCCUGUACCACCUGCUUGGUAACAUUUUUUAUAAAUAAUCAGAGGAAAAUGUUUUACCUUCAGGGUUCAAUGUUCUUUUAAUGUAUUCUGUCACUGCCUGUUGUUUGGAUACACUGUUUUCAAUUUUGAGAAUGAAGUUUUUUGGCGCCUAAUGGUUAUAUUUUUCUGAAAUUUGCUUCAACUCAACAUUUUUCACAGAGAACAGUUAUGAGAUAAAAUCUCUGACAUAUCUUUUGUUAAGAUAAGGUCUUUUAAUGAACUUGGAAACAUAUACACCAUUUAAUGGUUGUGCUUCAAAUCCUCCCCCUUUAUGUACAUUCUGGUAUUAAUUGUUUUUUCUGCCUGGAGUUACAUCAGAAAAUGCUUUGAUAUCAUGUUCUAUAGACAAAACAUGAGAAAUCAUGUUAUAGGGGUAUUGCUGAGAUUGGGGACUACUUUCGUCUUUUUCAGCAAAUCGAAUUGUGUAGGUUCAGCAAGUUUCAUGGCUUUACAGCUAACGGAAAUGGAUCAACAUUAGUUUUGUCUUCUGAGUGCUGGGCACAGGACCCCCAUUUCUGAGGGGUAUUUCUGAAGUGGAGGACCACUUUUAUCAUUUUCUGCAAGUAUAUUGUGUGGGUUUGCCAAGUUUCAUGGCUGUAUAGUUAAGUAUUCUGAGUACUGGGCAAAAGUACCCAGUCUAAAAAUAGUAUAAGAGGUAGUUUUGAGGGUGGGGACCAUUUUUAUCUUUUUCAGCAAGUCAAAUUGUGUAGGUUUCCCAAGUUUCAUGGCUGUAUAGUUAACAGAAAUAGAUUGACCAUACUAACAUAUUCUGAGUACUGGGCACAAAUACCCCACUCUAGAAAUAGCACAAGGGGUAUUUUUGAGGUUGGAGACCAUUUUUAUCAUUUUCACUAAGUCAAAUUGUGUUGGUUUGCCAAGUUUCAUGGCUGUAUAGUUAACAGAAAUAGAUUGACCAUACUAACAUAUUCUGAGUACUGGGCACAAGUACCUAGGCUAAAAAUAGCAAAAGGGGUAUUUUUGAGGGUGGGGACCAUUUUUAUCAUUUUCAGCAAGUCAAAUUGUGUCGGUUUGCCAAGUUUCAUGGCUGUAUGGUUAACAGAAAUAGAUUGACCAUACUAACAUAUUCUGAGUACUGGGCACAAGUACCCAGGCUAAAAAUAGCAAAAGGGGUAUUUUUGAGGGUGGGGACCAUUUUUAUCAUUUUCAACAAGUCAAAUUGUGUCGGUUUGCCAAGUUUCAUGGCUGUAUAGUUAACAGAAAUAGAUUGACCAUACUAACAUAUUUUGAGUACUGGGCACAAGUACCCCAGGCUAAAAAUAGCAGAAGGGUUUCUUCCCCAAAAUGGUUCUAAAUUCUGUCUUGUUAAGCAUAUCGAACUCUGUAUUUUCACCAAGUUUCAUGCUUUUAUCACAAUGUUCACGAUUGUUACCUGUCAUGAACCUUAUCAAACUCACUACUACAUUACAUCAAACAUCUCUUCGUGUCCACCACUUUACGUCACAAGGUCACAUGACACAGUGGUCUGACCGCGUUCUCGCUCCGCCAUCGAUAAGGGCAAAUUUCGACUCUAAAAACUUAAUAACUCAAAAACUACAUAACGUAUUAAAAAAAUUCAAACGGUUUUGGAAUCAGCACGGGAACCUUUAUCAAUGGUAAAAAAUCGUUUUUCACUUCAGUUCCCCUUUAAGGAACUGUCUUGUUAACAUCAAGCCAUAACUUCACUUUUUUUAGUUCCUUGUUAACUACACUUUGAAGCUGUUUAAGGCUUUCAGCUUCAUAAUAGAUGUUAGUAUCAUCAGCAAAUAAGUAAAAGGAUAGUUUAGAAGAUGCAAGAGGUAAAUCAUUAAUGUAAAGUAAGAAAAGGAGAGGACCAAGGACAGAACCCUGUGGAACUCCACAGCUAACACUGAGAUGACUGGAGUUAGAUCCAUUCACUGACACAUAUUGCUUCCUACCUGAAAGAUAGGAUUUGAAGCAAUCUAAAGCAGUUCCCCUAAUUCCAUAAUGCUCUAGCUUCAUCAAAAGAAUAUUAUGAUUCACUGUAUCAAAUGCCUCCUGCAAAUCAAUAAAUAUUCCACAACCAAAUUUUCUAUUGUCUAAUGAAUUUUUGAUGGCUUCUGUUAAAGGGGCCUGUGCAACCAGCAGCCUUUGCGUGCUCACAUUUGUUUUUUUUCUCACUGUUUUUCUAUGUGAGACAAAAAUGGCGAGGAGAAUUCGAUAGGAAAUUUCUGGUAUCAAUGUAGACGGUAAUUCAGGCGAGUUGUCAAGAUUGGAAAUCGAGGAGCAGCGAAGAGAGAGAAUAGAAGAGCACAGGCGACAGCAAUUGUACUUUAGCGCUAACAAAAAUGAAAGUUUUGUUGAGAGGAACAUGGACACGGGUCGCAGGCCUACUAUCGAAGCAGCGACACCACAACAAGGAGCAACAGAUAACCCAAACACAGAAGCUGCAAUUGAUUUAAGUAAUCCCUUUUUAUCCAUGGGUUGGAUAGCUUUUAAAUCUUGAAUUCAUCAAAUUCAGCAAUACUUCUUGUUUGAUUAGCUUCGUGGAAAAUUUCCCAUUGUCCCAAUUGAAAGAGCAUAAAAAUCGGGUAGGCACAAACACAAAUAGGAUGGUAAAGGGUCUAAUGCUGUCAUUUUUACUAUUUUAAAAACUAAAAUUGACAUUAUCUCCUUAUAGGAAACAUUAUAUUGUAUUUUCAAUAAUACUUGCUCAAGGAAGUAGAAGAAAAAGCGCGGAUGCUCCUGUAAGCAUGCUGGCCGAACUUGUACCGACAAUUGCAAAUGUGGGAACAAAGGGAAACCUUGCAGGAAUAGGGAUUUGAGACAAGAAAGGCAUACACAUAUUGGCAAAGAAACUGGCAACAUUUUAAUGGAGCAAGAAAUUACCAUGGCAAGAGAUGAAGUAAAAGAAUUUACAAGAAGUUUGGAAAGGGAGGAACUUGAAAAUAUCAUAGUUGAGCUGUCUGCUGAAGGUGUAGGGAGCCUGGCAAAUUUAAAAGAUAUCCUGAUAGUGAUUAAAAAUGACCAUGUUGUUGUAACUGAUGAUGCACCAAUUGGAAAUAGUUUGCCAUAGUGCAGCUGCACAAAAUGUGUCCAAAUGCCUACAGCUGAUGAAAGAGUUUGUUGCAGAAAAUGCCAAUGUGUUUCAAGUUUCCAUACAUUUAGAAAGGUUUGCCUGGAUCGUGAUAUCCUUGAAGUAAACAUAAAGGCACAUGCAGACACAUUUGCAGAGGACAUAGAGUUUACAACAAACUCCUAUCGCAAGGCUGCAUAUAGGCAGUUUACGCUUUGGCAGAAUGGGAAAUUGGGCUUUUGAAAUAGAAGGGUCAUUCUUUCUUGCAUUGUUGCCCGAAUUAGAGCAGCAUAUCCUGACCUAAAUGACCAGUACAUGGGAUUUAGAUACAGUUAAGAGCAGCCUUGCAUGUAGAGCAGACUCUCUCUCUGUAUUGUAUAAAAAUAAUAUAGUUACAAUGAAUUAUUUUCAUUUCCUUUGUUUGAGUUGUCAAAAACCUUCUAUAUUGUUGCAUGAAGUUCCUUUGGGUCCUGCUCAAGGGUAUUGAAUUUUCUUGUCAUUGGUUCUAAAUCCUUUAUUCGUCUUUUCAGCAUUCGUGCAAUUAGGUAAGGGAUGUAUUUGUAUUCUUUAACAUCUUUUACAGGCUGUGCGUGCCAUCUUUUUGUUCUCUUUGAAUACUUCCGCUUGAAAACUUGCUUUCCGCUUUUUGUAAAUGCCAGCUCUCUUGAACAGUGCAUAUUGUGGUCUAUAGCUGCCAAUAAGGUACGAGCAACGAAAGCUGAGUUUUGAAAGGCGAUACAUUUAGGGACUUAUUUUGUUAACAUGCUGUUAAAGCUUUCAAUGUAACUUGUAUGCCUGUAAUGGAAAAAGUUAUCAGUCAAUGGAAUUUUAAAAAUCAAAUUUAAAAAAAUUCAAAAUUUAGAUAAAUUUAGGCUAUGUUGAAGGUUGUUUUCUUUAGUCAUCUUGGCACUUGGUAAGUUCAGCAAACUGUUCAUUAUUUUGACUUGUUCAUCAUUUGCAAAGUGAAUAAAAGUAAUGAUCAGUGUGAAGCAAGUUGAUAUGUUUAAUUGCCCAUUACAUUAAAUAUACACUGAUAAAAUUUCAAUUAAUUGGAUAGAAUGAAUUUCAUAGAAUGAAUUCAAUAUAAGUCAGAAUCCUAAUUAUUUUAUGCACCUUGUUAUUGAAUAAAGAACUGUAAAGCAUAUUUUUAGAAUUUUUAUAAUAGUUCCUUGAGAAGACAAAAAUAAAUGACUAGAGAAGAAGCAAAAGUCUGAUGUAUGAUUUACAGCAUGAGGUUUGCCACAUAUAUGCUCCAAAUAAUGUUCAGAGAAUGUUAAUAAAGUUGAAAACAACAAUUUAUUGGAUAUUUUAACUUUAAGUAAAAUUUACCUGAACUUUGUGUAAUAGUGGAGACUUCCAACCAACUUUUUGUCACAAAUAACCUGCCGCAGUGACUCUAACACUUCACUGGAUUUUUCAAGGUAGGUUUUAGGCUCAUCUGCUGUCAACUGUUCAUGUUGACACUCCCCAAGACCACAUUGAUGCUCACCACAGACAUGAUGAAGAACUCCAAACCAACAUUGCUGUUACAAAAUUGAACUCUUACAAAAAUGGCAAAGUAAUACUAUUAAAUUAACAAUAGGUGAUGUAUUUUACCAGGCCACAAAACCAUAUUAGAAACUUCUUAUGCUUGACCAUGAUAGGCAGUGGGGGGUCAGUGGUCAUUGGAUAUAUCGGGAGAGGAGCAUAUUGUCUAUUUUCUUGUGAAAAUGGCACUUCAUUUGUGAAAUUAUCUAUUACAAAAAACCAUUACCUUUCAAAAUAUUUGGGGGCAACCAUCCCUCUUUGCUACCUCUCCCCAAAGGUAUCUGUCACUGCUGAAAGGUAUCAUAUAAAUUUAUGUGUUUUAAAGAUGUACUUAUCAAAAUUUUAAUGAUGUACUUAUCAAAAUGGUUAACAGAUAGAAUCAUCUUCAACUGGGCUGUAUCACCCUUGCUUUGUGCACAAGAAUACCAAAAGUGAUUAACAAUAGGUUCAAUACACUGCUGCAAUUCUUCUUUGCCUUUGCCAUCUUGUGCAGAGAUUUAUUUAUAGAUUUGGCUUUGUGCCAUAUAUCUAGAGAGUGGCCAAGAUUUUCUAGGUUUCUGUUUUUUCAGAUAUUUCUUUCACUCUUUUUAUUAUUGCACAAGAUGCGUCUGUAACAAUUUCAGCCACAUUCAACUUCUUGCUCAAUCUCCCCAAUAUCCUUGUAAGGCCCUCUCUUUCCAUGUUUGUGGAGGAACCAACUUCUCUCACGUCCAAAACCUCAAGGUCAACAAUCACUUUUGUGAAUUGCUCCAUUGCCACAUAACUACAAAAUUUGGCACUGUGACCAGGAGAAUCAUUCCUGCCAACCCCACACAAGCAGAUCUCAUCAAAAUCAUUUAGGGUUUUGAUUACAUUUUCCUUCAUUGCCUCCCACAACUCAGUGAUUUCCGGGGCACCAAAAAAGUUUUGAGUGCGACUGAAUGUAGUAAUGUCAGGGACAAGUAAAGAAAGUAAAACAUAAAUCGGAUUCAAAAGGUCAUUGACAAAGACAUCACUAUUAUGAUGGACACAAAGUACUUCUGAUGAUGUCCAACUUCCUUGGUGCCCAUUCUGACAGGUCCAGCUAAUUGCCUUGACUGCUCCAUCACUCAGUGCUUUGCAUUCCAUGGAUUCGUUACAGAUUAAAGUAUUGUCUUGCAUAGAAGAGACCUCUUCUUCCUUUAUGAAGGUGUACAUGCUGUCAUCCCUAGUUGUGAAAUGGGUUAUUGUGCAGUCUUUGCUUUCCCAUUCUAUGUCAUGACAUUCUGCGCUGCUGAGAAUUAUGUCAAUCACUGCCUUUACCAAGGUUUCAAACUCUGUAUCAGUCAUCUCAUCUGUGCUGUAGAUGGAGAAAAAUUAAUAGAUUUUCACUUCAGGUAAAAGCAUUCUCACAUGAUCCAUUGAAAACGGCCUAAACAAUUGCUUAUUAUAUGAGGCACGAAUUUUACUAUUUUUUCUUGACACAUAAAGCUAUGCUAUUUUGCGUAACCACUUGUUACCAUAACAAGUGUCAUCUAAUUUAUCAAAAAUAUUUCUGGCAUUUUACUGCUUAACUAGAGAAAUAUCUCAAUUCCAUACGACCUUUUCAAGAAGAUAAGUUUUACAGAAAACGAAAAUGAGAAAAGAUUUCAUUAAUUAGCCAUUGUGAGCAGUGGCGGACACUUGUCUAUUGUUUUGUCAAGUCUAUUGUCUGGGUCAGUGGCGGACACUUGUCUAUUGUUUUGUCAAGUA